UGUAUCCCAGUGCCCUGGUUAAAUAUUUACCUCUGGUAUAGGAACUAUUUAAAUAAUUGUUGAUGCCUUGGUCACAAUUUUUGCUUUCAGUAGCAGAGUACGGUGUAUUUGACGUGGUUUGAGUGGUUUUCUGAAAACACAGGAACAACUUUUAUAUCAGGGUUAAACUCCUAGGAAAGCUUCUUUUGCAGUGCUCGUUUUUGUCUCAGCUUGUUGAAAAUGGCGGGUGUAAGUAGCUGCAUGAAGUACUCCAUGUUCAUCUUCAACUUCUUAUUUUGGGUGUGUGGUUCCAUUAUUUUGGGAGUCUCUAUAUGGAUACGUGUUAGCAAAGACGUUCAGCAGAAGCUGGAGAUAGACAGCAGCCUGUUUGCAGGGGUUGAUCUGCUGAUAGCUGUGGGCUCCAUCAUUAUGGUCCUUGGGUUUCUGGGGUGCUGCGGUGCCAUAAAGGAGAGCCAGUGCAUGUUGCUGUUGUUUUUUAUUGGGCUGCUUCUGAUCCUGAUCCUUCAGGUCACAGCAGGUAUUCUAGGAGCAGUGUACAGAUCUCAGAUUGAAACAUCUGUUAACAAGACUCUUCUGGAGAAUGUGAAUACAUUGCAAAGUUCUGCAGAAGAAUCAAAAGUGUUUCAAGAGAAGUUCCAGAAGUUUGAGACCAUGAACAAGUGCUGUGGUUUGUUGAAUGGACCUGCAGACUGGGGAAAAAAUUUUCAUACUGUUUUUGGUAGCAGUAAAGUCUGUACGUGUGAACUAGGGGAUGAAUCAGCAGACCUCUGCAGCUUCUUUCAAGGCAGAUACGUUUAUAAAAGGCCUUGUGGAGGUGUGGUUAUCGAAUACCUUAAAGACCAUCUGCUCAUAAUUAUGGGGAUUGCCUUUGGACUGGCCGUUAUUGAGAUUCUCGGUUUGGGGUUUUCUAUGAGCCUCUACUGCCAGAUCCAGAAAAAAUGAAACUGUGGAAGUGUCAGAACAAUAUCACGAGCCAAAUCAAAACCUUUUUAGAUAGAGGGAUAUUUGGCUUGACACAUUGAGAUAAAUAUAUGCAUGUCCCAGGCAGCCGUUCUGAUGAAAACGGCAGCCCUUGUGCAUGUGGAUGCUUCACAAUUUGCAAAAUUACCUCUUUAUAUUUCAUAAGAUUUAAUUAUGUGAAUAUGAAUUUUUAUUUGCAAUAAACAUCUUUGUUUAUGUG